AUGCGGCUUCUCACGCCUGGUCCAAUGUAUUCUGUACUCAUUCGUCCAUUUCUUUCUGUCCACGGCGUUUUCGCACCGUCACAUGACCGCAAGUCAAAUAUCGAAACACGAAUAUAUAUAAUUGAAGAAUCAUGGGAACUGUGUAACCUCCCAAACUGUCAAAAAGAUCAAAGGACCACGUACCCUAUCAUGGAUAAGGACUACUUCAGCUUCAAACAGGGCUACACGCUCGAAGACAAGAGUGGGACGUCCGGAAGGGCGAAAACCCGGUCAAAAUUGAAGCAAUCUAUGGCUUCUAACGGGAAUUCGCGAUCGUAUUCACCAUCGCGGCAAAUGGGGCCCCUGCAGUCGCAGCAGCCUCGAAGUCCCGGCUACAACACGGCUACAUCGCUAAGGAGUCCAUCAGGGUCGCACAAUCAUUCGCCGCUCAACACCAUGAAGCUCAAUACGAGCGCUUUGAAGCAUGCCAUGAGCCUAGUUUCACCACCUUCGGGGGCCCCCUCUGCGCGAAACAGCAGACACCCCUCCAUUUCGGGCGCGUCGGGAACUAAGCAGGGUACUCAGGGAACAGCAGCAAGCCUGGACGCUUCUGUAACGUCCCCGGGGCGUCAAAAAACCCGGUCUAGUUCUGUUAGCAAUAGCAGUGGAGGUUUUAAUAGAGCGCCUUCAGCUGUGAGUCUGGACACUAGUAUGACACCAACGUUGGUGCUGCCUCCAAACCUUGCGUCCCUCAACUCUCAUAGCACUUCAACGCUGAACUCACCACAAAGUCAGCUCAGCAGCGUUGAAGGCACCAACUCCCACGCUGGCAGUACUGCCUCACUUCAUCAAGAAUUAAGCUCUACCAAGUCUUCGUCACGGCCGUCUCAGGCCACAAGUACGAACUCAUCACAUCGGUCUUACAAGCCGCUGCAAAAGCAAUACGUGCUUAAUGAAGAACUGUAUUUGAAUCAUAUGAAGAAAAGCAGUCUCGACGAUUACUAUACGCGCGGAAUCGCGGCCUCUUCCAAUGAAGACGACGAUGAGACAGACAACGAAGCGGAGACAGAAGACACAGAUGCUGAUGAAUCCACUUUUGGCACAAAUUUUAACACCACGACUCAAAAGGGUAACACCUUGGCGUUUGACGAUCAACUUUUUACCAUGAGCUCCAAGUUCCUACUAGCUCGUAUGGACUGGCUCAGGAACGUCGAUCCAGAGGACCAGGAGGUCAAAGGGUUACUUGGCACACAGCAGCGGAUUCCCGCGGGCCCAAGUAGUGGCAGGACGUCAAUUUCACCAGGACUUCGAAGCUUUGAGGGCGAUAGCUACGCGUAUGUUCAGCGUUUAUCGCAGAAUCCACAUGUACUGGAGAGAUUAGAAUGGCAAGCCAUCUUGGCCAAUGUUUUGCAGGGUGAUAUAGUGAAAAGCGAAAAGAGCAAGAUCUCGCUUCACGGGCAUCGCGUGAACACAGGUAUUCAAUACGCGGAUGAACUUUGGCUGGAGCUCAAAGCUUGGAUGAAUUGCAGGUCAAUUGAAGAAGAGCGUAACACUCUAGAAUACUUAAGGAACUCUACUGAUCCUGUUUUCGAAGAGAUUAUGAAUGUAAAGUUCGACGACAAUGUCGAUGUGGAUUAUGCGGCGAAGACAGUAAAGCCUCUUUUGGAGAAUUUUCACCAAGUAACAUCUUACUGGAGAAACUCCCAACACAUGCAUUAUGAAAAACCGUUGACGGGUCAAGAGGAAUUCCAACAUCGUGUCGCUGCCAUGAAUGCUUUUUUAACCCUAAGAGAAGCUUUUGAAUGCGAAAUAGAAGCUCUCAAAGCGUGGACUGGUAGCGAUUCAUUAGAUGUCAACUUAAAGCCUUCUUUUCCAGAAGAGGACGGAGUUUUCAAAAACGAGACUACUUUUGCUGAACAAAUCUUGAAGGAGCGUGACAUUGAAAGCAUUUUCCAAAAGAAACUGUUUUACCGCCAUGCUCCAUGGAUUCUGAAGGCAAAGGUUUCCAUCUUCACCUUGUCUGAGACUGUGAAGGAAAUGAAUCUGCCACUUCUGCACAAAAGCUUGGAAAUUCUACUGAUGUUUCCUUUCAAGCUUGUAAAAGAAAUCAUUUUGAUUCGACUUGAAUAUGCCAAGAAACUGAACAAUCCAACAAUGAUGAUGAUCGACCAAAUGAUAGACGAUUUCAGCUCAUACAUCAGACUAUCUGUGCAAAUCAAACAUACAGUAGUACUGUAUUGCUCUGGUUGGACAUUUUCUACGCAAAUUGAUGCCGAUUUCGAUGACACUGUCAAUGAAGCUAUAGUGUACCUUUUCAAGCUACUGCAUUUAAAAUUGAUCGAUAGCGCUAGAAAGUCCUUCAAGACUUUCAAAGAGCCCGACGAGCUUCUCAAGUAUUGGGAUCAAUUGAAAAACGUUGGCUGUUUUAUCUCUGGUGCUGGAAAUGUUGUAGCCGAAGGUUUCGCUAAUCUCACCUUGCGGUUGCUUAACCGCUUACACUCCUAUAUUCUUCGCGAGCAAAAUCAUCCACCUAAUUUUGAAAAGGCUGCGGAUGCGGAAAGAUGGCUAGUGCAAGUUAUCGAAAAUAUUGGCUCAGUGAAACGAAAAAUCAACCGGUUUUCCAACGUACUCACAAAAGCGUUCCAAAAUUCCGUGCUUUACAAAGUUAAUGAUAAUCAAAAUCUACUGCGAAACUUGAAGGACUCUGGCCACUUUCUCUUGUACACAGGCGGGCAGCUCGAAAAGGACGGAGUUUAUCUCUUUUGUAGUGGAGAACUUCUUGGCUCGUCUGACGAAGAAAUUAUAAAGAUUCUUCAUAACUCGGCUAUUGGUUCUGACCUUCUUCCAACUGUUGAGAUUAAGAAUAGUUUGAGUGUUUACAAUGCACUCGAGAGCGGUUGGGACCAAAAUGCCAUUUUAUUUCAAGAAUAUGGUGCUAAUGGUGUGAUUUAUUAUCAUGUUCACUCUGAACCGCACGGGCGAGGUCCGACCAUGAGGGGCCGCCGAACUGCAAACAACAACAGCACUCAUCAAGCAGAAGAAAUAAAGUUGGAAGAGAGAGAAAUGUUCGAGCUUGAAAUGAAGCUCAAAACUUUGGGCUACAUUGUUGCAUACUGUCCUCGGGAACCAAUUUUGUGGGAAGGUGAAAUGCUCAAUCUCUCAGAUGCUGUCAUAUUGACCAAUAAUGACUUCAGCGUCAAACUACCGGCUGACACCCUGGUUUUGAUGAAUCAAGGAUCGACUUAUGCAAUGGAAUAUCAGUGUGAUAGAUUCGAGCACUUUGUUGGCGACGCGGUUUCUUUUAGUGAGAAAAGGUCCUCUAUCAACCAACUGGAGUAUACUCUUCAAAAAAUUAACCGUGCUUACUUUAGGAUUACUUACACGGUGAUGGCUAAUGCCAACAAAAUAACCGACCAUGUUCAAUCUCAAUUUAGAGGCAACGAAGUAUUGAACAAUUUGUUCAUCUUUUGCCGGGAUUUUGCACGUAACUUUUUAAGGGUUAACGUGGCAACGUAUGAGAAGAAAUCAAUGAUAAUCUUGAUGUUGAUGAAGAUCAGCAUUGCCUGGAUCAAUUUUUUGGUAGAUGACUGCGACCCAGAAGACUUGCGUACCUUUAGAUGGUGCGUACCUGCUAUGGAAUUUGCGAUGCAAAUGACCACGGGUUGGAAUAUUUUGGGUCUGGAUGAAAGGCAAUUUUCUGUAUUGCAAGAAAAGAUCUCUGGCUGUAUGACACUUCUAAUUUCUCAUUUUGAUAUUAUGGGAACUCGGACUACUGAGUCAGAGAACUUACUGAGUCAUGGUCAGAUAAGAACUAAUAUCGGAGCGUGCGAUAACGACAAUGAUUCUAUUUUGGCUGUCAACUCUAAAGUGAGAGUGGAAGCGAUACAAGACAUGGAAAGACAAGUGAAACAGAACCCUCGGCACAUAGGAAAGGUUUUGGACGAAUCGGAUCGCGACAAUCAGUAUUUGCAGUCACUUGCUUCCUCCUUGUCGAACGUUUCCAUCAGAUGGCAAAAAAGACACUUCAUUGGAGGAGGCGCGUUUGGCACAGUUUUCUCGGCCGUCAAUUUGGAUACCGGUCAAAUUCUUGCUGUCAAAGAAAUUAAGAUACAAGACCGAAAUUCAAUGAAGCAAGUAUUUCCUGCCAUCAAAGAGGAAAUGAGUGUGUUAGAAAUGCUUAAUCAUCCUAAUGUGGUUCAAUACUACGGUGUGGAGGUGCAUAGAGACAAGGUCAACUUGUUCAUGGAGUACUGUGAAGGCGGGUCGUUGGCUCAACUUCUAGAACAUGGUCGAAUUGAAGACGAAAUGGUGACUCAAGUAUACACGCUACAAAUGCUAGAAGGUCUGGCUUACCUACAUCAAUCGAGUGUGGUGCACCGAGACAUUAAACCUGAAAACAUUCUGUUAGAUUUUAACGGUGUCAUUAAGUUUGUGGAUUUCGGGGCCGCUCGUUCGCUCGCUGCGAAUGGAACCAAAGUCGGCGCACAAGGCGGUGAUAAUAAAGAGGGUGGUAAUAGUAUGAUGGGUACACCGAUGUACAUGUCUCCGGAAGCAGUAACGGGAGCCGAGAGGGGUAAUUUCGGCUCAGGCGACAUUUGGUCUCUAGGUUGUGUUGUCUUGGAAAUGGCAACGGGACGUCGGCCUUGGUACAAUCUGGAUAAUGAAUGGGCAAUAAUGUACCAUGUUGCUGCCGGGCAUGUUCCCCAAAUGCCUUCGAAGGACGAAAUUUCAGAAAACGGUCGGAACUUUCUGCUUGGUUGUUUAAAACAAAACCCUAAUAAGAGGUCGACGGCUAUGGAUCUCUUACGCGACCCAUGGAUGCUGGAAAUUCGCAAGUUAGCAUUCGAUGAUAAUGACUCAGAAGAAACUUUGGAAGAAUAA